GCCAUGUCUCGCCAGUGUGCUGUUCGGAACCGGAGCAGAACCGGCUUCAGCGCUGCCUCUGCCUUCAUCCCCAGCCCCUGCGCCAGCUUCUGCUCCCGUUCCGUGGCCCAAGGUGGAGGCUGUGGCACUGCCGCUGGGUUGGGAAGAUUUGGCGGAGCUUUUGGAAGCAGGAGCCUCUACAGCCUUGGCGGGUGCAGGAGAAUCUCUGUGGCUGCUGCUGGUGGUGGCUUCUAUGGACCUGCAGGCUUCAGCGCUGGCUCUGGUGGUUUUGGUGGUACCUGUGGUUUUGGUGGUGGCAUGGGAGGCCCUGGAUUCCCUGCUCUCCCAACCGGGGGCAUCCAUGAAGUCUCCGUCAACCAGAACCUCCUGAAGCCGCUCAACCUGGAGAUCGACCCCAACAUCCAGAUUAUUCGUAAGGAUGAGAAGGAGCAGAUCCAGACCCUCAACAACAAAUUUGCCUCCUUCAUCGACAAGGUCCGGUUCCUUGAGCAAGAAAACAAGGUCUUGGAGACCAAGUGGGCCCUUCUGCAAGAACAAGGGAACAAAACUGUCAAGAACAGCAUCGAGCCCCUCUUUGAGACCUAUAUCAACAACCUCAGGAGGCAGCUGGACGGCUUGCUUGGAAACAAGGAGAACUUGGCAGGAGAGCUCAACAAGGUGCAAGCUCUUGCUGAAGACUUCAAGAACAAGUAUGGAGACGAGCUCAACAAGCGUGCAGCUGUGGAGAACGACUUUGUGAUCCUGAAGAAGGAGGUAGAUGCUGCCUACAUGAAUAAGACAGAGCUGCAAGCCAGGCUGGACUCCCUCUUAGAGGAGAUGGAUUUCCUCCGGGCCCUCUAUGAGGCAGAACUGUCCCAGCUGCAGAGCCAGAUCUCCGACACCUCCGUGGUGCUGACCAUGGACAACAGCCGCAGCCUGGACCUGGACGGCAUCGUCGCGGAGGUCAAAGCGCAGUACGAGGACAUCGCCCGGCGGAGCCGCGCCGAGGCCGAGUCCUGGUACCAGUGCAAGUACGAAGAGCUGCAGGCCACAGCAGGCCGGCAUGGGGACGACCUCCGCAACACCAAGCAGGAGAUCUCCGAGCUCAACCGCCACGUCCAGCGCCUGCGCUCCGAGAUCGACAGCGUGAAGAAACAGUGUGCCAGCUUGCAGGCUGCCAUUGCAGAUGCUGAGGAACGUGGCGAGCUGGCCCUCAAGGACGCCAGGGCCAAACUGGCCGAGCUGGAAUCAGCCCUGCAACAGGCCAAGGCCAACCUGGCCCGGCAGCUCCGCGAGUACCAGGAGCUCAUGAACGUCAAGCUGGCCCUGGACAUCGAGAUCGCGACCUACAGGAAGCUGCUGGAGGGGGAGGAGAGCAGGUUGUCUGCAGAAGGUGCCAGUGAGGUGAAUAUCUCUGUGACCACAACAGGCUACGGAAGUGGAAACUGUCUCGCCCUUGGAGGCAGCGGUGGCCUCGGUGCUGGAGGAAUCGCCUUCAGCUCUGGAAGUGGCCAGGGAAUGGCUGGGUCCUGCGCGGCAGGUGGAAGCAGCUCCAGCGUGAAAUACGUCUCUACCACCUCCUCAACCAAAAGCUGCUAUUAA